CUCGCCGGAGGCAUCGCAAUGCUUCUUCGUAGCGCUUCUACGCCUUUGCUCAACCCGCCAUGGGCGCCGGUCUCGGCCCCCGACUUAGCAAGAGGGCCCGCUUCGUCGGAGCUACAAGUGCCGAACCAGAUCCCGCGGCUGCCCUCGGUGACCCACCACACGUCCUGCUUCUCCGCCGCAGCUUCGCCGCUGCCGCCCGUCUCCCGGUGCCGCUCCAUGAAUGAGCUCGAGGUGUUCGCGGCAGUUUCACAGCAGCUUUCCUCUGCCUCGCCGCUCAGCCACAUCCUGACGAGCUCGGGAUUGGAGGAGCGCAGCGUCACGGUUGCUGGAUCACGUCGUUGCACCCUGUUUGAAGUGGGCGACGGCGGGGACAGCGGUGGAUGUAGCAGGCGCGACAUGGGGAGAUCAGGCGUAAAUGACAGCGGCAGAGACUCCAUGGAUGAGCAUUACAAGCAGAUGAUCAAAACGGACCCGGGGAACUCUCUCCUGCUGGGGAAUUACGCCAAGUACCUGAAGGAGGUGCGAGGAGACAAUGCCAAAGCAGAGGAAUAUUGCCAGCGGGCGAUUCUGGCGAACCCUCACGACCCCGCCGUACUAACCAUGUACGCGGACUUGGUGUGGGAGGGCGACCGCGACGCUCCCCGAGCUCAGAGCUACUUCGAUCAAGCCAUGAAAGCUGCUCCCGAUGAUUGCUUCGUGAUGGCUUCGUACGCCAAGUUUUUGUGGGAUUCUGAAGAGGAAAGCAGCAGCGACCAGUCCUGCAGGUUGUUCCAAGGAGAAGCAGGUCGUGAACGGAUUGCUGCAUCUUAAUAAACCACUUCCUUCUAAUCUCGAUCGAGACCGGCUGAUUGUCUCCAUAAGUAUGACUGAUUAAUUUUUCUGCAUCUGGAAAUAAGUCGAGGAUUAUCAAAUUUUUUUUCAUUGUUCUUCAUUGUAAAGAACGAGGUGAAUCAAUACUGGAUCGCCGUUUUAAUAUAUGGCAUAUAUUGAAAUUAAUUUGUAAUGCCCCAAAACUGGUGAGCUCAAAUUACAUGACUGAAUAAGAUUUGUCAAAAGAAGAUCAUAGC